AGAAGAAGCUUGUGUUCAUGGUGUUAGAGCUGUGAGGCUGGACUGGAGUCUCUUUUGUGUUACUUUGCAUCUUCUCUGGGCCAUUUUAUGUCAUUUGGUCCACAUUUUCUGUCUGUCUUUGAUGUUAACAUUUGCAUUUUUGUAUUUUCAAUGAGAAGCUGAACUCUGUAUGAACUGUGUGAAGGCUACCAGGGGACCCACGGUUGGUCUGUUUGCUUAUUCAUCCUUGGUAGUGCCACAGCUUAGUACGGUGCGUUGAAUGAAAAAAUAAAUAGAACAAGUAUAUAUGAAGGUUUCAAAACGGAAAAUGUCAGGGAAUUCAGUCACGUUAGCAGGUCUGUGGGAAAAAGCUGCUCUAACAUCACCAAAGUCAAACAAUCAAGUCAUUUCAUAUCACCCAACUCUGUUUUGUGGUGACAGUGUGUUUUAGUGUCUUUCAGUAUCAAGUGGUGCGAUAGGAAGUUAUCAUAGUGUUAUUUUUACCCCCUGUGCCGCGGCUGCGAUGCGCCUAUAGGCCGCUGGUGUGGGUGUGUGUGAUUAGAUUCGACAUGAGGGCUACAUGCUACAGGCUGCGGAGCAGGUACACACUGUAAACCUGCAGCUGUGACACCAGAUGGAUGGUUUGACACUAAUGACUGUGUCACUUCAACUCGCGGAGCGGAGGCCCGCUCCGAGUCAGAGGCUGCGUACACUGCAAAAAGUGUCAACACCCAAUUAAGCAGGGCUUUUAAAAAAGGGAAACUUGUCUAAAAUAAAUUGACGUGGAGCUACAUUUACAAGAAGGGGACGAUUAAUGGGUAAAAUAUGUUAUUUUUAUAUUUAUUCGAUCGUGAUUACGAACACGAACUUGUAAAAAAGGGGCUCAUUUUUUGCAGCGUGCUGUUGCGAGCAGGGCGGAGCGGGGAGAGGAGGUUCCCUUUGGAGAGAGCGUGUAUGCGCGUGUAUGUGUGUGCGUGUGCGUGUGUGUGUGUGUGUACGGAGUGAGAAGAGUCAGCUGGUUGGAAAGUGCAGGGUGAGACCAGCGCAUGUGUGCGUGUGUUUGAAUGACUGCGAGUGUGAGUGCGGUUUAUGUGUGCGUACGUGUGCGAGGAGAGCGCUUCGCAGAGGAGGAGGAGGAGGAGGAGGAGGAGGGUGGUGGCGGCGCUGGCAAGGUGAAGACAGCACGGAGAAGCGGACGGAGUUCUCUUUUUCGGGGGGGGGGAGCAGUUUGUGUGGAGACCCAGACGAGGACGGUCGAAGCGCGCCGGCUCCGGCUCCGUCGCGCGUCCUGGACACUGAUUCCUGAGCUGCGUCCUGCUCUUUGACAACAGUAAGCACUUUGAGUGCCGUUGAGGCUCAUGGGAGUCGCUGCCUACUGAGGGAACACUGGAGGAAAUCAUGGCCUUAGCAGGAUGCCCUGACUACUUCUUACAUCACUCCAACUAUCAGGAAAGCAUGGACAGCACUUCCUCUCACAGGCCCGAAGAGCUGAUUGUACCUGGCUUUCGGUGUUCGUCCAAUCAAAACCUGCCACAUCACCAUGAUGAUGAUGUGGACCUGGAGCAGCUGGUGAAUGACAUGAACUCGUCCAUGGAGACGGACACGGCGCUGCUCCUGAACAAUGGCCUCGUGCAUCCUGCCCACCAGCACCACCAGCACCACCAGCACCACCAGCACCACCAUGUGCACGGCCAGGGCCAGCGGCAUCACACCCCGCCCCUGCCCCCCGCGUCCCCCUGCAGGGAGAGGCUGCGCCACUCGCAGCCAAUGCACAUCCAGGCCGUGAGGUGCCUGCAGGAGGAGCACCAGCUGCGUCCGGCCUCGUUGCCAGCCAUCCCCAACCCGUUCCCUGAGCUCUGCAGCCCGGCCGGCUCCCCUGUUCUCAGCCCCAUCCAGACCUCGGACAACCAUGUACGUACGAUAGUGAAGGUGUGGAGCGAGGAUGGGGCUGGAAAGGUGGUGGAGAUCCCGGCGGACAUGACGGCCAGGGACGUCUGCCAGCUCCUGGUCUACAAGAGCCACUGCCUGGAUGACAACGCCUGGACGCUGGUGGAGCACCACCCCAUCCAGGGCCUGGAGAGAUGUUUGGAGGACCACGAGCUGGUGGUUCAGGUCCAAGCCUCCAUGAGCAGCGACAGCAAAUUCCUCUUCAGAAAGAACUAUGCCAAAUAUGAAUUCUUCAGGAACCCCCUGAACUUUUUCCCCGAGCAGAUGGUGACGUGGUGUCAGGAGUCUGACGGCUCCAUCCCUCAGUCACAGCUCCUACAGAACUUUCUGAACUCCAGCAGCUGUCCAGAGAUCCAGGGUUAUCUGUACAUGAAGGAACCUGGACGCAAGUCCUGGAAGAAGCUCUACAUGUUCCUGCGGCGCUCUGGUCUUUACUACUCCACUAAAGGAACAUCUAAGGAGCCCCGGCACCUGCAGCUGCUGUCAGACCUGGAAGACAGUAACAUCUUCACCAUCAUCACGGGGAGGAAGCUUCACAACGCCCCCACAGACUUCCAGUUCUGCAUCAAGCCCAGCAAAGCGAGGAGCGACUGUAAGGAGCUGAAGAUGCUGUGUGCAGAGGACGAGCAGAGCAGGACCUGCUGGAUGACGGCCUUCAGGCUGCUCAAGUUCGGGAUUGUCCUCUACCAGAACUACAACGCCCCCCAGCAGAGGAAAGUUAACCUCUCACCUCUCUCGGCACCUGUGCGGAGCGUGUCCGAGAACUCGCUGGUCGCCAUGGACUUCUCCGGAAGGACCGGUCGCAUCAUCGACAACCCCGUCGAGGCCCAGAGCGCCGCCGUGGAGGAGGGACAGACCUGGAGGAAACGAGGCCAGCGUAUGAAUGUCCUGGGGAGCCCCAGCCCCCUGCACCCAUCCUCCCUGAGCACAGUAAUCCACAGGACACAGGUGUGGUUUCAUGGGCGCAUCAUGAGAGAGGAAGCCCACAAGAUGAUGAUCCAGCAAGGCCAAGUAGACGGGUUAUUCCUAUUGCGGGACAGUCAGAGUAACCCCAAGGCGUUCGUGCUCACCUUGUGCCACCACCAGAAGAUCAAGCACUUCCAGAUUCUACCGUGCGAGGAGGACGGUCAGGUGUUCUUCAGCCUGGACGAGGCCGCCACCAAGUUCACCGACCUGAUCCACCUGGUGGAGUUCUACCAGCUCAACAGAGGAGUGUUGCCCUGCAAGCUGAAACACCCGUGCACCGCCGUGGCCUUGUGACCCGCUCCCC